AUGAAUAAGGAUCCUAAACCCCGUGUUAGAAAACGUGUAACUCAUAUUGUGACAGACAACAAAGACAGGCACAAUUACGGCAGUGAAAAGCCCCUCUUCGUUUACUGUUGUAUUUGUGGUCACAUGGCUCUUAUUCUUGACUGUGCUCUCGAGAAACUUCCUGAACGUCCUCGCGACAAGUCGAAGGUGAUUGAUGUUAAAAAACACGCCCACAAGAUCAUUGCCACUGAGGCAAGCGCGUCUAGUUCUGUUUACAUCCGUUGGACCGAUGGAAUUGAGAAGCAGUUUCGUCGCUACUGCAAAAGCUGUAGUCUUCUCUUGUUUUACAGGCAUGCUGUCAAGAAUCACGUUGCUGAGUUCAUCGUUCGAGGUGCUUUAACUCUUCAGGAGCGAAAUAUUGGUCUAUCAGCAUCCGCUUUGGCGUCAAGAACGGUGAAAUUGGAUGGUAAUGAUGCGGGAGAGGCAAAUGUCAAAUUACUGACUGCUCUCGCAUCGCAGGCUGAAGCUUUGGCCCAACAGGGUGGGGGUUCUUUGUCAUCGACUGUCAAUCCUUUGACAUUUGUGAAUUCCGGAGCUAAGUUGAGACGAUCGGUUCAAAAUCAGGAAACUACACAGGGUGUUGAUACCGCUGUAACUGUGUCAACCAUUGAAGACGAAGAAGAGGAAGCUGAAGCGAAGGAGGUGGCAGACUCUUAUGCUGCAAACGUUCGCGUCAUUGAGGCUCAGUUGAUGAGAAGAGGAGUUAUUAAACGUCGUCUUGUUGAUGAGGUUGGUAUUUCUUGGUCUUAA